GUUAGUUGGAAUGUCAGCACUUCCUUGCCAAGUAUACACUACUAAUGACAACAUUAGGUUUAAGAAAGAGGUGAUGAUUCCCGCGCACUUUGAAUUCGACGUUGUCUCUAAUAAUGAGGUUGCACUCAAAUUUUCGGUGAGCGGACGUUUUUUUGAAGUCGAGCUCACAUCCUCACAGUCAGUAAUCGAAGAAGAAAUUGAUGGAGUGGAAAAUAGUUUUCGAAGCUAUAUCAGUUUAGUGGCAACUCGAGUAGUUCUCGCCAUCAGCAAUACUGAAAUCACCGUAGGUGAAAAGGGAAACCCGGGGUCUCAGUUCAGCUUCGCGUACCCAGCAAUUUCCACCACCGGUUCGUUGACCGUCCUUCUUGAAGGAGAUGGAGAUGCAACUUGGUCUUUUUAUAACAAUUGUGAGGUACCUUUCGUUCAGAAAUGAAGUGCUAUAAUUUUAAGAAAUGAUACAAUGGUUAAAAAUAUGGUGGAUGAACAAACUAAAUGUUAGGUUAAGAGGGCGUGGGUUUUGAGUUUAAAGAUUAACAAAAAAAUGAAUAGCAAGAUUGUAACUAUGUCGUUGUUUUAGUCCAUCGUAGUCAUUUUUAUUGUAAGGCGCAUUUGGUAAUUUUUAGUAUGGAAAAUGCGCAGUGUAUCAUUACUAUUAUAACUAUCAUAACUAUAAGGCGUGGACACUGUUGGUAAUUACUCAAAAUAAUUAGUAGCAAUAAACAUUACUUUGUGAUGAGUACUAGGGAGAGGUUGGUGGUAUAAAACAUUAUG